UGUCUAUUGCUUAAAAAACUAAAGCCAACCAUGCUGAAAUCAACGAUUGCUCCCAUGAUAUCAACCCUGCAAUCCAAAACCAAACCCCAAAAGUUAUUCCCCAUAAAGAUCGCCACUCUUUCUAAUGCAAUAUCACAAAGCCCACCAACUGUUCGACAAAAUGCCUCACUCAAUACUCCAACUUUACAAACUCCCUCUUACAAACUCCCUCCAGCUUCAGCUUACGUCCAUCUCCCUUUCUGCCGUAAACGCUGCCAUUAUUGCGACUUCCCCAUACUUGCUCUGGGCUCUUCUUCAACAGAAACAUCAGAGGAUGACCCAAGAAUCUCAAAUUACAUCCAAAUCCUUAUUCGUGAAAUCGAAGCAACCCAAACACAUUUUGACCAACACCCACCUCUUCAAACCAUCUUUUUCGGUGGUGGCACGCCUUCCUUGGUGCCACCAAGACUCGUUGCUAAGGUUCUUGAGACGUUGAGAUCCAAAUUUGGGUUGUGUUUGGAUGCUGAGAUAUCAAUGGAAAUGGACCCUGGAACAUUUGAUGCCAAGAAACUGAAAGAGUUGAUGGGAUUGGGUGUGAAUAGGGUGUCAUUAGGAGUUCAAGCAUUUCAAGAAGAGUUGUUGAAGGCUUGUGGGCGAGCUCAUGGUCUUGAGGAGGUUCAUGAGGCAAUUGAGAUUGUUGGUUCAUGUGGGGUUGAGAAUUGGAGCAUGGAUCUCAUUUCUUCUCUCCCAAAUCAAACUCAAGAAAUGUGGGAAGAGAGUUUGAGGCUCACCAUUGAAGCAAAACCUACUCAUGUCUCAGUUUACGACUUGCAAAUCGAAAAAGACACCAAAUUUGGAUCACUGUACACACCAGGUGAGUUUCCACUUCCUUCUGAUACUCAAUCUGCAAAAUUUUACCGAAUGGCGUCACGAAAGCUCGCAGAGGCUAAUUACAACCAUUAUGAAGUCAGUAGCUACAGCAAAAACGGUUUCGAAUGCAAACACAAUUACACAUAUUGGAUCAACAAACCUUUCUACGCAUUCGGCCUCGGUUCCGCUAGUUAUAUCAACGGAACAAGAUAUUCAAGACCAAAGAAGUUGAAAGAUUACACAACUUAUGUGCAGAAUUUGGAGGGUGGAUUGGUUGAUAUCCAAGAAGAUGAUGUUGAUGAAGGGGAAAUGGCUAUGGAUAUUGUUAUGCUUUCUUUAAGAACUUCAAAAGGACUGGAGUUGAAGAGUUUUAGAGAAGAUUUCGGGAGUGCGGUUGCCGUUGAGCUGUGUAAGGUUUACGAGCCUUAUAUGAAAAGUGGGCAUGUGGCGUUUUUGGAUUAUCGAAGAAGAGAGAUCACGGAAGACGAGUUCAGUUCGUUGGUUUUAGAUGAUGAAAAACUGGAAAACGAGAUUGGGUUUAUUCGGUUAAGUGAUCCGGAUGGUUUUCUUUUGUCAAACGAACUGAUUUCGCUCGCAUUCGGGGUGAUGGAUCCAUGAAUAGGUGUCAAAGAUGAGGGUUUUUUCAAGAAAUCUUUGAUGAUUGAUGAAGAACUUGCGAAGAGGUUCUUAAAGGUAAUCAAUCUGUUAUCAAGAGUAUUAUAUAUUCAACUGUUUAUGAAUCUAAGGAAAAGUAUUUGGCAAUUGUUUGUAUACCAUUACUAG